CGAGAGUCAGUGGGCUGCUGCUUGAAUCUCUGAGCGGGAGAGCCCUUCCUGUCUCGGGCUUACUGGCUGCUGUGACGCCGCCGGCGCCCGGUCGCUUGUGAACGGGGUACAAAAGAGCCAUGGUCGCCCGCAGGAGCCUGGCCAGGGAAUGGGCUACCCCGCGGGGGCAGCGGCGGUCGCUGCGGCUGGAGAAGAAGACGGGCACAGCCUCCAGUUCUCAGAGACCCACAGCCUUUAAAAGACCCAUUGCUUCUACAAUUACAGACGUGGCGACACCCCGAACCCUAUUCAAGAAAGUCUUGCAGACCCAGCCGAUAGUUUCUCCUCUUGUUCUGGAAAAACGCAAUUCUCCUGAACGAAUAGAGACUGUGUUCAAAUUCCCUUCACAGGGUGCCCCCCACAGCAGUCUGGAAAUUAGUCUGUCUGAUCCUGUUCCCCCAAAUACAUCUCAGACUGCACUUGUCAAAGCAAGGAAGAAAAAGAAGGUCCGGCUUUCUGAGUUUGAGAGAGCUCUUGAUGAGCAGCUUACGGCAAAGGCAGUGCCAUCAUUGCUGAGCAACAAAUCUCUGACAAAGUCCCUUCAGAUCUCCUUCACAACCCCAGCACCAUUGCAGUCUGUUGGAAAAAGAGGCUUGAUCCGAAAGCCAAAUUUCAGAGGUGUUAAUGUCAAGGCUUUUGAAAGAGGCAUUGAACAAAACUUGCUACAGGUCAAAGGCUCACAAAGCCACCUUGUGGACUUGCAAGCGGUGACUCUGUCCAAUGAUACAGAGGCAUCCUUUGCUGACACAGAGCUCUUUGCCCGGCCUCAGCUCAGUGGGCAGGGUGGAGAAGGGUUUUCUGGGCUCCAGCCUGCCUCGACAAGGAAGUCUUCAUCUAGAGGAAGCAAGCUGUCUUCUGUUCAGACACGACAACGGGCUGCUGAGUCCAACGUGGAUGCUGACGGAGUGGCACAGAGUAGCCAAAAAGAGAGAUGGACAUUGGAGCAUGUUGAUGGUACAGAAGCUGUGCCUGAGGAACGGGCUGUUAGUCCAAUGGAAGAGCAGCGAGAGAACCUGCAGGUGGUUGAGGAACAACUGGUACACAGUAACCUGAAGGAGACAUUAACAUCAGGCACUGAACAUGCUGAUGGGAUGGUAGAUCAGUCUCUGGAAGAAGCUGUUAGUCCCGAGAGAGAGCAGAAUGGAAAGAGCGGCGUGCAGCAGUUUUUGAGUCCUGUUGAAGAACAUCUGAUCAGUAAUGAUAUUGGCACACCAAGGACAUCUACACCAGUUCGUGCAAAAAGCCCUCUGACACAUCCAGGCAGCCUGUCCUUGCUACCAAAAAAGGCUGCCAGGCGCUCUGUGAAAGAAAUGGUGGCAAACAUCAUUAAGGAGCUGGAUGCUACUGUGGCUCCAGCUACUGUGGACCAAAGGAUAUCAAAGGCCAGCCUGCAGGAGGAGCCUCACCCCAGUGAAGGGACUACACAGAUCCCCCGACAGACUGAAGGCAGAACUCCCAACAGACGUCGAAGCCGAAAGGAUCCCGAGCUGUUGGCGGGGCCAUCUGCCAGGGAAAUGGCAGACGGUACAUUCCAGCCAGCUGGCUCUGGAGGUAAAACGAGAAAAAUAUCGCGCACAAAUGCCGUGGAUGAGAUGCUGUCGGAUGCUGACAUGGACUGCGAGGUGGAGGAGAUGUCGGAGGUUGAAACGGACUGUGAGAGUGAUGAGCCAACUGGGAAGACGCCCACCUUUGUGCAUGCUCGAGCCUUUCAGUGUUCGCCAUUGCUACCCACCCCACGCAUUCUGAAAGUGACUGCCUCCAAGACUCCUUCAAAAGUAUUUCAAGUUAAACGGGCUCCAAAGCAAGUUGAGAGGGGAUGCAGACAAAAGCGUGAGCCAGCACUCUCCAGUAGCUUGGUAAAAAAACUCUUCAGCCACUAUGCACAGAUGCCGGUGACUAAGGAUGCUUUCAAGGCUGUGGAGAGGUGCGUGAGCCUGUAUUUCAAGUAUCUGAGCAACGACUUGGAGGCCUACGCCAACCAUGCUGGAAGAAAGACUAUAGAGUCAGCUGAUCUAGAGCUUCUCAUGAGACGGCAAGGGCUGAUAACAGACAAAACACCUUUAAAUGUGCUGAUAGAGCGUCACUUGCCUCUGGAAUACAGGAAGCUACUAAUUCCCAUUGCCACAAGUGGAAAUAAAGUGGUCCCUUCUGAGCCACGAUGAGAUUUGGCAAAGCGUGUGGAAGCUGACAAGAAAUAGUCUAUUUCUAAUUUGGGGAAAGGAAGAAAGGUUGGAGGAUGGCCUGGACUCUAAACUGAAGCACAAAGAGCACUGCUAGCUCAUCUUAUGUACUUAAUUCAAAGGAGUGUGAAAAAACUUCAGAAAGAUACACCAUUGCACCAUUUGCUGAGUGCUACCAGUUUCUGUUGUAGAAGCCGCAUUGUUCUAUUCCUGACUUUGGGACAUAAGCAAAAGGUCUUGAAGAAUACAAGCUCUGUAUUAAUUUUAAUAGACUUGUUAAAUAAAGCACACAGUAUUUUC